AUAGUGAAUAUGUCCUAAACAUGUACCAUUUUGGGAGAUAUUCACAUUUGUAGAGGCUGGUGCAUGCGCACUGCGUUCCCAAAGGACAGCAUACUGGAGUAUGCCAUCCAUCCAGAGUGCUGUGCCACGACCAGGGGCAGACUGACCAUUUGGAAACUCGGGCACUGCCCGAGGGCCCGGGAUGCCCCUGGUACCUUUUUCAUAGGCUUUUUUGAGUUUGGGCAAGAACACAGGGGCCCCAUGAUCCCCUAUUGCCCGGGG